AUGGAGAAGGCCUGUUUUCUCCCAACGAAUGAAGGAAAUCCGGUCUGGCAUCCGUAUCGUGAGCUACUUGGAAGUCUCAUGUACACAAUUCUAUGCGUCCGUCCCGAUAUUUCAUUCGCCGUUGCAUACUUGGGACGUUUCCAAAAUAAACCUGGCGAAGCACACUGGCAAGCGCUGAAAAGAGUGGUCCAAUACAUAAAAGGCACGAAGAACCUCAAGUUCCAAUUCAAGCGGGACGAAAAGGCUGAAGCACUGAUCGGGUACGCUGAUACCGACGAUAGAAAAUCCGUCAGCGGUUAUGUCUUCAAGAUAUUCGGCAAAACGGUGUCCUGGGCCAGUAGGGAGCAACAAACGGUUGCAUUGUCAUUCUGUGAGGCAGAGUAUGCAGCCUUAAGCGUAGCUGCUUCCAAAGUACUGUGGCUACAAGGAAUUCUGGAAGAUCUGCAACAAGUUCCCUCUGGAAAACCGUUCAGGAUUUUUGCAGACAAUCAUGGCUGCAUUGCGAUGGCCACAAACACCGAAAAUAAGCGUGUGAAGCAUAUUGAUGUGAAACACCAUUUCCUGCGAGAGCAUGUGGCACACGGAAGGCUGCAGAUCGUAGCAAUAGGAACAGCAAACCAACUUGCGGAUGCGUUCACCAAAGCUCUGGAACCUGGACGUUUCUGCAACCUGUGUUCCCUCCUGGGAUUGACCGAUUCAAGGCGAGUGUUGAAAUAA